CUACUUCAACUUCUCACUCUUCGACAAAUAAAAUAAAAAAGUUCUCGCUGUCUUUCUAGAUCGAUCUACACUUCGGACACAGAGAUUCUGCUUCAAUAAAUUUUGGCAAGAAGGUCGCCGAGUAUGAUCUAUAUUUCAGUCUUUGCUUGGUGAGCUAUGUAGCUAACUGCAUACUAAAGCUUUGCAGGUAAGCAUUAAUAUUACAAUUAUCACUUAGCAAUUUGUAUUUGGCAACUGGGUGUUCAAGUUCUGUGAUUUUUAGCUACUGGGUAGUUGGGGAAUCUUGAUUCAAGUGAUUGGAGUUGUAGGAAUUUUGCAAAUGAGGAGUGUUUCUGCUGUUCUCUUAUGGUCUUUCUGUGGGUUUUUCUUAUGUGGGUUUACAAACUCUUUUCUCCAAGAAGAUCUUGUUAAGGCUAAAUCUGAAUACACUGUGACACCUAGUUAUGACAGAGUUGAUGAAGUGAAGAAACAUUGUGCUUCUGUUCUGUCUUCUGCUACUGAAUUGAAACCUCAAGAUAAUAGAGUUUAUAGAAUCAAAGAAGACAUCUUUUUUCUGAAUGGGGAUUGGAGGCAGGAUAUUGGUAAAGCCCCAAUAAUUCCGUAUGUUGAUAGAGAGUCUUAUGGUAGUAACUCAUCGGAUGCUCAGAAACCUCUGAACCUGGUAUCUUUCUGGGUCAAUGAUGUUGAUCAUACCAGUCGGUCUAAAAUAUCAAUUAAUGUUAAUGGGUUCUUGGUUAUGGGAAUAACACUAGAUUCAUUUGGGGAUAGACCAUAUGAAGGUAGCCCUCAGUUUCAGAUGUGGCCUGGCCAUACCCAACUUUCGAUUGGGUUUCAAGGUGUGUACACGGUGUCUAAGAAGAAUGGGGGUGAAAGUGUCAUGUGUUUGUUGGGGAGCACAAUGUUGCCUUCUCGAGAGCCUGAGUCGAGUGAUCCAUGGGAAUGGGUGAAAGAUUCAAAUUAUGGCCAGCCACCUCUUCUACAAGAUGAUCAAAUUCUACUAGUUCUUCAUUAUCCAAUGAGUUUUACAUUGACCAGUAGGGUAAUUAAAGGAGAGAUGAGAAGUUUAAACUCAAAAUCAAAUCUCAAGUACUUUGAUGCAGUCCACAUUUUAUCAGAGGUGUCAAAUUUAGCAAACUAUGAAUUUGGUUCUGAAAAGUUUGUUUCAAAAGCUUGUGAUCCGUACCCAUACGAAGAUAUCAUGGCAAAUGGUGGCAUUGAUAUCUAUAAAGGAGCAAGAUUCUGUGAAAUUCUAGGGCAAAUUACUGGAGAAGGAGCUGGGCCUUUCACAAUUGUGCCUAAUUGGAGGUGCAACAGCACAGAUGAUUUUUGCAGUAAGUUGGGUCCUUUUGUGUCUGAUAAAGAAAUUAAAGCAACAGAUGGGAGUUUUAAAGGUGUAGAGCUCUUUAUGCAGAAUGUCAAGUGUAAGCAGAUGCCUGCACGAGGAAACGUUACUUCUGCAAAUGUUGCUGCUUUCUUUCGAGCUGUCCCUCCCAUGGAGAAUCAGUAUGUUAUGGGUAUGAGAUCCGGGCCAAGCAACAUGACUGUUGCCACUGAAGGCAUUUGGAAAUCUUCCAGCGGGCAGCUUUGCAUGGUUGGUUGCCUUGGACAAGUUGAUACAGAUGGAAGUAGCUGCAAUUCUCGCGUCUGUUUAUACAUUCCAGUGUCAUUUUCCAUAAAGCAACGUAGCAUACUUAUUGGGAGUUUUUCCAGCACCGAUAAAAUUAAUCCCUCAUAUUUCCCUUUAGCAUUCGAAAAACUAGUGCGACCUACAGAGAUGUGGAAUUAUUUCAGAAACUCCCGGCCAUACUACAGUUACUCAAAGAUUGAGAAAGCUUCUAUUAUCCUGGAAAGAAAUGAGCCCUUCAGUUUUCAGACUGUCAUUAAGAAAUCAUUGCUACAGUUCCCAAAACUUGAAGACACGGAGGCGUACAUAACCAGUCUUUCUCUUCUUGCAGAGGACCUGACCCUCCACACUUCUGCAUUUCCUGAUCCAUUUUCUGGUUCUCGGACCACAAGAACCGAUUUUCAGAUGGAGAUUCUCUCACUUGGCCCCUUGUUUGGGCGAUAUUGGUCUUCACACAAUAUUUCCUCCUUGGAUGAGGAGACUCCUUACCUCAGUAAAUCUGAAUACACUGAAAAGCAGCUCCUUAUGAAUGUAUCAGCUCAAAUCACACUUAAUGGAGAUGCUUACAGCAAUUUUUCUGUGCUUUUUCUAGAAGGCCUUUAUGACCUUCAUGUUGGCAAGAUGUAUCUAGUUGGCUGCAGGGAUGUCCGAGCCUCAUGGAACAUUUUAUUUGACAGCAUGGAUCUUGAAGGUGGUUUGGAUUGCUUAAUUGAAGUGGUUGUGUCAUAUCCACCCACAACAUCUCGGUGGCUAGUAAAUCCAACUGCUAGAAUUUCCAUAUCCAGCCAACGCAAUGGUGACGAUCCCCUCCAUUUUAGCGCAGUUAAGCUCCAAACUCUCCCAAUUAUGUACCGAAGGCAAAGAGAAGACAUUCUAUCUCGCAGGGGGGUUGAAGGGAUCCUCCGAAUUUUGACACUUUCAUUUGCAAUUGCCUGCAUUUUGAGCCAGCUAUUCUACAUAAGACAGGAUGCAGAUUCUGUUCCUUUCAUAUCUCUUGUGAUGCUUGGUGUUCAGGCUCUUGGGUAUAGCCUUCCAUUGAUCACAGGUGCUGAAGCUCUCUUCAAGAGGAUGUCAUCUGAACCUUAUGAAACGUCAUCAUAUGAUCUUGAGAAGAAUCAGUGGGUGCAUGUGAUUGAUUACACGGUGAAGCUUCUUGUCUUGGUAUCAUUUCUUCUAACUUUAAGACUCUGUCAGAAGGUGUGGAAAUCUCGUAUCAGGUUACUUGCAAGAACUCCUAACGAGCCACAUCGUGUCCCGAGCGACAAGCGGAUAUUCCUUGCCACAUUGACCAUACAUGUACUUGGGUAUGUAAUUGUUCUCAUUAUUAACAGUUUAAAAGCUAGCCGGAAGCCUUUCCGAAUGGAGAAAUAUGUUGAUGCAACUGGUAAUUCCCGUAAGCUGCGAGAAUGGGAAACUGAACUCGAGGAGUAUGUGGGUCUCGUACAAGACUUUUUCUUGCUGCCGCAAGUCAUUGGAAAUAUCAUGUGGCAGAUUGACUGUAAGCCUUUGAAGGAACUCUAUUUCAUAGGGAUCACAUUCGUCAGACUUCUUCCUCACGUUUAUGAUUACAUAAGAGCUCCUGUUCCCAAUCCAUACUUUGCUGAUGAAUAUGAAUUUGUGAACCCAAAUAUGGAUUUCUACUCUAAGUUUGGAGAUAUUGCCAUACCCACCACUGCAGUUCUUCUCGCAGCUGCAGUUUAUAUUCAGCAGAGAUGGAAUUAUGAGAAGCUCAGCCAGUCUCUCACCAUUGGACAGUGGAGACUACUUCCUAUGAAUUCCAGAAUGUAUCAGAGGUUGCCUUCAAAGUCAUUUGAAUCAGAACUUGCUUCUGGUGUCAAUGAAGAUGCUGUUCUUGAGACAGAACGUGAGGAGGAAUAGUUUAACAAAGCCUUUUACAAAUAACUGACAGGAAAAGUCUGUAAACUCACUGAUGUUAAGAGAUAAUUGUGUUAAAAUAUUGAAUAUAAGGUUCUUGUUGCCAUCCAA